AGAUCGAAAAUAGCCAAAAAAUAGUAAACGGUGAAAAUGUAAAACAAAUUGAAGAAUUUAUUAACAAAGUUCGUGGUAUUAGAGAUGUUCUCUGCAGAGAUCAUAUGAAAGUAGCUUUUUUUGGAAGAACAUCUAAUGGCAAAAGUUCUGUUAUCAAUGCUAUGUUACGAGACAAAAUUUUGCCAAGUGGUAUAGGACAUACAACUAAUUGUUUUUUACAAGUAGAAGGUACCUCAACAGAUGAACCCUACUUGGUACAGGAAGGCUCUACAGAACAUUGUGCUGUGGAAUCUGUGGGUCAACUAGCUCAUGCUCUCUGCAAAGAGAAACUAAACGAGUCGACACUAGUCAAAGUGUAUUGGCCAAAAAAUAGGUGCCUUUUACUUCGAGAUGAUGUAGUAUUUGUAGAUUCGCCUGGUGUAGAUGUAACCCCUAAUUUAGACGAAUGGAUAGACAAACAUUGUUUAGACGCAGACGUCUUUGUAUUGGUAGCUAAUGCUGAAUCUACUCUUAUGGUUACGGAGAAGAACUUCUUUCAUAAAGUAUCGACAAAGUUAUCGAAACCAAACAUUUUUAUAUUAAAUAAUAGAUGGGAUGCCUCAGCCACAGAACCAGAAUUUUUAGAUGAGUUUUUGACGAAUUUUACCCCCACUCCUCCACCUUUUCCCUUCCCCCUACCCUUCCCCCUCCCCUUCCCCGCCAGCCAAUCAGAACGCAGGAUCCCCGCAGGACCGACUUCAGCCCUCCCCACCUAG